AUGCCGCUGAACAUCAGAGUCAGCGAUAUUCAUCACGUUCAUGACUCAUGCCAGCUGCGCAGCCUUUUAAAGAAGUACGAAACUGUAUUUGUCGGAAACAUCGACGGUCACAAGGGUGCCCCGGUCUCACUGGAGUUGAAGGAGAACGCCGCACCUUGCUUCCUGAAGGCUCGACCAGUCCCCUUCGCUCUUAGAAGUACAGUCGAGAAAGAAAUCAACCAGUUAGUCUCCCAAGGGGUUCUGGAGCCGGCGCAGCACUUGGACUGGGCUACACCGCUGGUCGUCGUGAAAAAAAAGGAUGGCAGCAUACGACUGAGUGGUGAUUACCGUAGCACGGUUAACCUGAGGACCAAGGCAUCAUCCUACCCGCUUCCCACGACCACUGAGGUCUUCACCAGACUUCGUGGAGGAAAAAUAUUUUCUACGCUGGAUUUCAAACAAGCGUAUCAGCAGCUCCGAUUGACCACUGCGGCUGCGGAAAUUUUGACUAUUAACACGAUUAAGGGCUUGUUCUGGGUGAAGAGGCUUCCGUUCGGAAUAUCGGCAGCUCCAGGAAUUUUCCAGCGGUUCAUCGACACCUUGCUGGCGGAUAUUCCAGGCACAAGCGCUUACCUGGAUGACGUCAUUGUCUGCGGAAAGGACAUAGAUGAACAUAACUCACGCCUGGAGCAGGUGCUCAGUAAGCUGGAAGGGACGAACCAUCGCCUAAGAAGAGACAAGUUCAAAUUUGCGCUGCCAGAGGUUUCUUACUUAAAACAUCGCAUUGAUGGAGAAGGUCUGCAUCCGACAGACGGCAAGGUCAAGGCAUUGCUUCAGGCCCCAUCACCGAAGUCCAAGACUGAAUUGAAAGCGUUUCUACGCAUGCUGUCGUUUUACGACCGGUUCCUGAGAAACCGCGCCGCCAUAGCAAGGGAUCUGUAUGAACUGCUUAAACACGGCAACAAAUGGUAG